AUGUUGUCUCCGCGUGUAAACAAACGGCGGCGGCGGCGGAGCAGAGCAGCAGAGUGGUCGAGUGGCGCGCUUUCUUCUGGGCGAAACAGCCGGUCUACCGAUGGAUUGUAACCGUGUUUCCGUUUUAUUUCGCUCGUGAGAAGGGGCCGAGGAUCCCCGCUGUUGUCUGAGGUCAUUACGGCGAUAUUUUCCGGUGUGUUUUCGUGUUUUGGGAGGAUUUACGGGCAGUAUGCUGCUCUGUAAACUGGGCUCCCUCUCCAACAUCUCGUCCGGCGUGGAUCUACCGGCGAAGCUACAGCUACAGCAAGCUAAAGCGGAGAAGCCGCCGUUUGAGAAGCUGUACCGGCUGGACUCGGUGCUCGGCAGCGGGGGAUUUGGUACCGUGUACUCCGCCGUCCGCUUGGCCGACGGGCAGCCGGUGGCGGUGAAGCACGUGUGCAGGGACAGAGUGACGGAGUGGGGCUCUUUGUCUCAGUGUGGCACGGUCGUUCCCCUGGAGAUCGUGCUGUUGAAGAAGGUGGGCGGGGCGUUUGGCGGCGUGGUGCGGCUGUUGGACUGGUGGGAGCGGGCGGACGGCUGGCUGAUGGUGAUGGAGCGUCCUGAGCCCGGGCAGGACCUGUUUGAUUACAUCACGGAGCGCGGCGCGCUGGACGAGGCGGCGGCGCGCAGCUUCUUCCUGCAGGUGCUGGAGGCGGUGCGUCACUGCUUCACCUGCGGCGUCGUCCACCGCGACAUCAAGGACGAGAACCUGCUGGUGGACCUGAGGACCGGACAGAUCAAACUCAUCGACUUCGGCUCAGGGGCCCUCCUCAAAGACGCCGCCUACACAGAGUUCGAUGGUACGCGGGUGUACAGUCCUCCAGAGUGGAUCCGGUUCCGUCGGUAUCACGGUCGCUCUGCCACCGUGUGGUCGCUCGGCGUGCUGCUGUAUGACAUGGUGUGUGGGGACAUCCCCUUCGAACAGGACGAGGAGAUCCUGACAGGACGGGUCUACUUCAGACGCAAAAUCUCUACAGAGUGCCAGCAGCUGAUUGGCUGGUGUCUGAGCCAGCAGCCGUCCGACCGACCAACCCUGGAGCAGAUCCUCCUUCACCCCUGGGUGACGAGCGGCGACAGUCAGGAGACGAACGACAGCAACAUCACGCUCCACGCCAUCACAACCGACUCCUCCUCCUCCUCGACUUCCUCCUCUAGCUAGCAGAGCCUCUGAUUGGUCAACAGGACGCUGGCACAGACUUGAUUGACAGCUGUCCUCUGGUGGUGUUUCCUGGUGGCAGAGUGAGUCGUGGUCACAGUUCAUGACGAGGUCGCCCCCUCCCGUUCAUAGACUAUUGUUGUUUUCCGUCUUGUGUUUCAGUUUCUGAGUGCCUUGAGUUUAAAGCUGCUUUGGUUGCCACGGUAACAAAAUGCCAAGGAGGAGUCAGUUUCUUCAGAGAUCCCAUUAAUUUAGACAAAAUUAGAGCUGCAAAGAUUUAUCAAUUAAUGGCACAAAAAGCAAAAAUGGCAAAAAUUUGCUGAUGUUUUGCUGAUUGUAUUUGUUUUAUGUCUUUGUCAACUUAAUAUUUUUGGUUUUGGACAUUCUAAGACGUUCUAAGACAUUA